AUGGUGAAGAGGAAAAGCCUGGACGAGAACGAGCCGGAGUGCGGGAAGGGAAUACCGUUCCCCAUCCAGACCUUCCUAUGGAGGCAAACCAGUGCAUUUCUGCGUCCAAAGUUGGGAAAACAGUAUGAGGCAUCUUGUGUGUCCUUUGAGCGGGUGCUGGUGGAGAAUAAGCUCCACGGGCUGUCGCCGGCCCUGUCAGAGGCCAUCCAAAGCAUCUCCCGCUGGGAGCUCGUCCAGGCAGCCCUGCCUCAUGUACUCCACUGCACCUCCAUCCUGCUGUCUAACAGGAACAAGCUGGGCCACCAGGACAAGCUGGGAGUGGCCGAGACCAAGCUGCUCCACACACUGCACUGGAUGCUGCUGGAGGCUGCCCAGGAGUGCAACCACGAGCCGAGCCUGGGCCACGGCUGGUCCGCGGGCAGCAGCAGCAGCGCCUUCCUCCAGCCUGUGGGAAACCAGGGCUCCUCGCCCGGGGCUCCCGGCUCCUGCUCCGGCUCAGCCCUAGGGGGGUCGGGGCCCCAGCACAGUGGUUCCCUGCUGGAGGAGGAUGAGCACGCUCGUACCAAGCUGUUUCACAAGAGCAUGGCCACCGUGGAGCUGUUUGUGUUCCUGUUUGCUCCGCUUAUUCAUCGGAUAAAGGAGUCAGACUUGACCUUCCGAUUGGCCAGCGGCCUGGUAAUAUGGCAGCCAAUGUGGGAGCACCGCCAGCCUGACAUCCCUGCCUUUACUGCACUCAUCAAACCUGUGAGAAACAUUGUGACAGCUAAGAGGAACUCCCCAGUCAACAACCAGUGCAGCCCCUGCGGAUCUCCAUCUCUCUCUCUCUCCCACCCACAGGGCUUCCAGGUGGUUUGCGAAGCCGCCCAAUCAGAUUCCUCCUCCCCCGCGGCUGGAGAGCAGAGCUGUCGUCGUGGUAACUCAGUCGAGAAAGGUGGCCCUUCCCAACAACCCCCACCAGUAAAAGGCCCUUCCAAGAAAAAGUGAGCACUGACAUCAGCCCCUGCUGGCCUGCCAACAUCCGUGGCCCAGCGAGCGCGUUAUGCCACCUACUUUGAUGUGGCCGUGCUGCGCUGCCUGCUGCAGUCACACUGGACAGAGGAGGGCGUGCACUGGGCCUUGAUGUUUUACCUCCAGCGCCUGAGGCAGAUCCUGGAGGAGAGACCUGAACGCCCCCCGGAGCCCCUGGUCACGCCUCUGCCACGUCCACGCAGCAGCUCCAUGGUGGCUGCAACGCCCUCUUUGGUCAACACUCACAAAACCCAGGAUAUGAGUCUGAAAUGCAACGAAGAGGGCAAAUCUCUGAGCACAGAAACCUUUGCAAAGGUGUCUCUGACUAACCUCCGCCGACAGGCGGUCCCUGACCUCUCCUCCGACCUGGGAAUGAACAUCUUCAAGAAGUUUAAGAACCGGCGUGAGGACAGGGAGAGGAAGGGCUCCAUCCCUUUCCAUCACACAGGGAAGAAGCGUCAGCGCCGCAUGGGGGUUCCCUUCCUGCUUCACGAGGACCACCUGGACGUCUCGCCCACCCGCAGCACCUUCUCCUUCGGAAGCUUCUCCGGCCUGGGUGACGACCGGCGAGCUCUGGACCGUGGGGGCUGGCAGGCCACGAUCAUGGGCAAAUUCACACGCAGGGGCAGCACGGACACAGCUGCAGACGCUGACAGCCUGAGCGCCAAACACUCUCAUUCCCACCACUCUCUCCUCAGAGACAUGCCUGACCACUCCAACAGCCACAGUGAUAACACCGUUAAAGAAGUUCGAUCUCAGAUCUCCACUAUCACCAUGGCGGCAUUCAACACGACAGUGGCGUCCUUCAACGUGGGCUACGCCGACUUCUUCACCGAGCACAUGAAGAAGCUCUGCAACCCUGUUGCCGUCCCUGAGAUCCCUGUGGAGCCGCUGGCCUGCGCCAACCUGCCACGCAGCCUCACCGACUCCUGCAUCAACUAUUCCUGCCUGGAGGAAGGGGAGAACAUUGAGGGGACCAAUAACUUUGUACUGAAGAAUGGCAUGCUGGACCUCACUGCUGUCCUGCGAGCACUCUACGCCGUCCUCAGUCACGACAUCAGCUCCAGGAUCUGCGACGUGGCCCUAAACAUCAUCGACUGCCUGCUGCAGCUGGGCGUGGUGCCAGGCAUGGGCAAGAAGCUGUCCAAGCCUGACAACAAAGAGAACCAGGAGGCGCGAGCCAAAGACCCAGCUAGUCAAGGCCUUGGAGGAGGUGCCCAGGGUGGCGGAGCAGUCCCAGGAGCAGGUGGAGGGGGAGACGGAGGCGGAGGUGGAGGAGGAGGGGGAAGUGGUGGAGGGAGUGGGCAGGGGAGCAAGGAUGAUGUGAAGAAUAACAAGGAUAAUGAUAAAAAGGAAGAAAGCUCUGGCCUCAGCACCCACCGCCUGGCUCUGACCAUGCUGAUCAAGAUAGUCAAAUCUCUGGGAUGUGCCUACGGCUGUGGCGAGGGGCACCGCGGAUUGUCAGGAGAUCGCCUCAGGAUGCAGGCUCAGAACUGCCUGACCAGCCUGUAUAAGCUGGACAAGCUGCAGUUUCGCCAGACAAUGCGCGAGUAUGUGAAUAAAGACUCUCUCAAUAACAUUGUGGACUUCCUGCAUGCGCUGCUGGGCUUCUGCAUGGAGCCCAUUACUGACAACAAGGCGGGCUUCGGGAACAACUUCACCACGGGAGACAACAAGUCCGUGGCCCAGAAUAUGGAGGCGGUGGUGGUGGGUUGCAUGUUCAAGUCUCUCAUCACCCGCUGCGCCUCGACCACUCACGAGCUGCACAGCCCCGAGAACCUGGGUCUGUACUGCGACAUCCGCCAGCUGGUGCAGUUCAUUAAGGAGGCCCAUGGAAAUGUGUUCCGCAGGGUGGCACUGAGCGCGCUCCUGGACAGCGCUGAGAAGGUCACCGCCACCAAGAAACCUGAAGAGAAGGAAGAAACCAAACAGCCUGGACCCAGGAGGUCAGAGGCGGGUGUGUCCGGGGAGAAGGGUCAGGUGUCCAGUGCUGCAGAUGAGUGUCGCAGCUACAUCUCCAGCAGACCCCCCCAGACACCCGAACAUGAAGAACAGAUCCCGGGGGCUCUGCUGGGCAGGAAGGAUUUUUGGAGGAAGAUGUUCAAGUCGCAGAGCGCCGCCAGUGACACAAGCAGCCAAUCAGAGCAGGACACCUCGGAGUGCACCACUGCCCACUCGGGCACCACCACUGACCGACGCUCUCGAUCCAGAUCCCGCCGCAUUUCACUUCGCAAGAAACUGAAGCUGCCCAUAGGCAACUGGCUAAAGCGUUCCUCUCUUUCUGGACUGACUGAUGGUGUUGAGGACCUGCUGGAUAUCAGCUCAGUGGAUCGACUCUCCUUCAUACGACAGAGCUCAAAGGUGAAGUUCACCAGUGCAGUGAAGCUAUCGGAGGGGGGAGCUGCAGGGCCGGAGUACGGCAGGGACGAGGAGGAGAAUUUCUUCAAGCGGCUCGGUCCCCAUGGUUUUCAGGAGCGUCUGGCAGCCAGUCAGGAGGCCAUGAAGAACAAGAAUGUGGUGAAUUUGGGCGCCAUUCGACAGGGUAUGAAACGUUUCCAGUUCCUCCUCAACUGCUGCGAACCGGGAACCAUACCUGACGCCUCCAUCCUUGCUGCUGCUCUGGACCUGGAAGCUCCAGUUGUGGCUCGGGCCUCCCUUUUCCUCGAAUGUGCCAGAUUUGUCCACCGCUGUAACCGUGGCAACUGGCCAGAGUGGAUGAAAGGUCACCAUGUUAAUAUCACCAAGAGAGGCCUGUCAAGGGGCCGAUCACCUAUCGUGGGCAACAAAAGAAACCAAAAACUCCAGUGGAAUGCUGCUAAACAUUUUUGCCAGUGGGGAGACGCAAUCGGCACGAGGCUCAGUGAACUGUGUCACUCUGACAGCGAGAGCCCUGCAAACAUCCUGGGUUACAUUUAUGAUGAAGAGACCAAACGGAGAAUGAGAAAAGAGGAUGAGGAAGAGGACUAUUUAGACGACAACACAGUCAAUCCUACAAAAUGUGGCUGCCCCUUUGCUCUGAAGAUGGCUGCCUGCCAGCUCUUGUUGGAAAUCACAACUUUCCUGCGAGAGACCUUUCCCUGCUUGCCACGCCCACGCACUGAGCCACUCGUGGAUCUCGACAGCUGCCGCCUGCGUUUAGACCCAGAGCUUGGUCGCCAUCGCUACGAGAGGAAGAUCAGCUUUGCAGGCAUUCUUGACGAUGAGGACGGGCACGAUUCGCUCAACAGCAGCAGCCAUACACUGAAGUCCGACACCACCUGCGAUGACAAGAAGACACAGGAGACCCAGGCGCCCAUCCGUAAGAUUCGUAUUGGAGGCUCCCGGCUGCUUCAGAUCAAAGGGGCCCGCAGUUUCCGUGUAAAGAAGGGUGGCUCCCUGUCCUCCAUACGCCGGGCAGGGAGCCUCAAGAGCACCAAGCUCUCUCGGCAGGACUCAGAGUCUGAGAAUGAAGAGGGAUUGCUGUCACAAACACACAGCAGGGACACUAUUACUGACAUUGGAAGUCCAUUCAGCACCAGUGAACCCAGCAUAGAGCCAGAGGGCCAGAGCUCAGGAGGAACAGAGGACAAUUACCACCGCAACAUGUCCUGGCUCCAUAUUAUGAUCCUGCUGUGCAACCAGCAGAGUUUCAUCUGUACCCAUAUAGACUUCUGCCACCCACACUGCUACCAGCACCACAGCCGCUCCUGUGCCCGUCUGGUCCGCGCCAUCAAGCUCGUGUACGGUGAGACGGUGGACAGCCUGAGAGAAGACAGCGCCUCUUCUGGCAACAUUGGGGCACGUGCAAAGAAAAACAAAGAGUGUUCUGACAAGUCUUGCCUGAGGACACCGUCCAUGAAGAGAAGACCCACCGACUCCAACACAGAAGGGAAGAAAGAUACAGGCAUGCUCAAGUACAUCCGCAACCAGGUGAUGAGCUUGUCACCGGCUCCACUUUCGCUGCUGAUCAAAGCGGCUCCCAUCUUGACCGACGACAUGUACGGAGACAUCCAGCCUGCAGCCUGGGAGCUCUUGCUCAGUGUGGAUGAACAUAUGGCAGCUGCUGCUGCUGCCAUGUUCCUCCUGUGUGCGGUAAAGGUCCCCGACGCAGUGACCGAAAUGAUGAUGGCGGAGUUCCAGCACCAGGAGGCCUGCCAGCGCAUCAACUCCAUCCUGAAGUUUUACACCCUGUGGCGUUUCCGCUACCAGGUGUGGCCUCGCAUGGAGGAAGGGGCCCAGCAGAUCUUUAAGAUCCCCCCUCCCAGCAUCAACUUCACUCUCCCAUCUCCUAUACUGGGCAUGCCCUGUGUCCCCAUAUUUGACCCCCCCUGGGUGCCCCAGAACACUGGCAGCGUUCAGGACCCAAUCAAUGAAGAUCAGUCUAAAUCUUUCUCAGCACGGGCGGUGUCGCGCUCUCACCAGCGAGCCGAGCACAUCCUGAAGAACCUGCAGCAAGAGGAAGAGAAGCGGCGUUUGGGCCGCGAGGCCAGCAUCAUCACGGCCAUCCCCGUGGCUCAGGAGGCCUGCUACGAGCCCACGUGCAGCCCACCGCCUGAGCAGGAGGAAGAAGCAGAAGAAGUGGUGAACCUGGCAUCACGCCGUCUGUCUGUCAGCCCAUCCUGUGCCUCCAGUAACUCCCACAGGAACUACUCUUUCCGUCGGGGUUCUGUGUGGUCUGUCCGUUCACUGGCCAGUGCCGAAGAUGAAGAGAACACAACAGAACACACUCCUACUCACCACAUGCUACAGCCACCCCAAGCUGUCUUCCCAGCAUGCAUCUGUGCUGCCGUCCUACCAAUAGUGCACCUCAUGGAGGACGGGGAGGUUCGUGAGGAUGGCGUGGCUGUGAGUGCUGUGGCCCAGCAAAUCCUCUGGAACUGCCUGAUUGAAGAUCCGGCCCUGGUGCUCCGCCACUUCCUGGAAAAACUAACAGUGAGCAACAGACAGGAUGAGCUGAUGUACAUGCUGAGGAAACUCCUGCUCAACAUUGGAGAUCUGCCGGCCCAGACGUCUCAUAUUCUCUUCAACUAUCUGGUGGGACUGAUCAUGUACUUUGUGCGGACUCCCUGUGAGUGGGGUAUGGAUGCCAUCUCGGCCACACUGACCUUCCUGUGGGAGGUGGUUGGCUAUGUGGAGGGACUCUUUUUCAAGGACCUGAAGCAGACCAUGAAGAAGGAGCAGUGUGAGGUCAAACUGCUUGUCACUGCAUCCAUGCCAGGAACCAAAACCCUGGUGGUGCAUGGCCAGAACGAAUGUGACAUUCCAACACAGCUCCCAGUCCAUGAGGACACUCAGUUUGAAGCACUGCUCAAGGAGUGUCUUGAAUUUUUCAAUAUUCCUGAGGCCAGAUCAGCACACUACUUCCUCAUGGACAAACGAUGGAACCUCAUCCAUUAUUCCAAGACAUAUGUAAGAGACAUAUACCCCUUCCGGAGGUCAGUCUCUCCACAGCUCAACCUAGUCCACAUGCUGCCUGAGAAAGGACAAGAGCUCAUCCAGAAACAGGUGUUUUCCCGUAAACUAGAGGAGGUCGGUCGGGUCCUCUUCCUCAUCUCCCUCACACAACACAUGCCGGCCGUGCACAAACAAUCCCACGUCUCCCUGCUACAGGAAGACCUGCUCCGCCUUCCCUCCUUCCCACGAACCGCCAUCGACGCAGAGUUCUCAUUGUUCAAUGAGCCACAAGGUAAGGAGCUGUUUGGUUUGGACACCCUCCACAAGGUGCUGUGGAUCAAGCUGCUGGAAGAAAUGUUUCUGGGCAUGCCCAGUGAGUACCCGUGGGGCGACGAGAUGAUGCUGUUCCUCAACGUCUUCAAUGGAGCGCUGCUGCUGCACCCGGAGGACAGUGCCCUCCUCAGGCAGUACACUGCAACUGCCAUCAACACUGCUGUACACUUCAACCAUCUCUUCUCUCUGAGCGGUUACCAGUGGAUCCUGCCAACCAUGCUGCAGGUCUAUGCUGACUAUGAGAGCAACCCUUUACUGAGGCAGGGCAUCGAGUUCUGCUGCCGGCAGUUCUACAUCCUCCACCGCAAACCCUUCAUCCUGCAGCUGUUUGCAAGUGUGGCUCCCCUGCUAGAAUUCACCACCAGCACCAGUACUGGUCUGUCUAAAGGAGUGUCAGCCCAGUGUCUGUUUGACCUGUUAGUGUCCCUGGAGGGUGAGACCCAGGACGCCCUGGACGCUCUGGAGCUGGUCAAGGCUGAGAAACCUCUCCGCUCUCUAGAUUUCUGUUAUGGCAAUGAGGACUUGGCCUUUUCUAUCAGCGAGGCCAUCAAGCUGUGUGUUACUGUGGUUGCUUACGCCCCCGAAUCCUUCAGGAGUCUCCAGAUGCUGAUGGUGCUGGAGGCCUUGGUUCCCUGCUUUCUCCAGAAGCUGAAGAGCAACACGGUUACGAUGGAAUCAGCUUCGGCUGCCAGGGAUGAGAUUGCUGCCAUCGCUGCUCUGGCAACCUCACUGCAGGCCCUCCUCUACAGCUCAGAAGCUCUAACAAGGCCCAUGACAGCCCCGCAGAUGUCCCGCUGUGAUCAGGGCCAUAAGGGGGGCACUACAGCUAACCACGCCAUGUCAGGAGGGGUCAACACCAGGUCAGGAUGUUAUGACGAGUACUGAUGUCUUGUUUAUGUUCCCAGGGACAACCUCCACCUGCUGGAGGAGGGCCAGGGCAUGCCAAGGGAAGAGCUGGACGAGCGCAUCGCCCGGGAGGAGUUCCGCCGGCCACGGGAGUCCCUGUUGAACAUCUGCACUGAGUUUUACAAACACUGCGGCCCACGUCUGAAAAUCCUGCAGAACGUUGCCGGUGAGCCCCGGGUCACAGCCCUGGAGCUGCUGGACAUCAAGUCCCACAUGAGGCUGGCAGAGAUUGCCCAUGCCCUGUUGAAGCUGGCGCCCUACGACACCCUGACCAUGGAGAGCCGAGGACUGCGGCGCUACAUCAUGGAGAUGCUGCCCAUCACAGACUGGUCGUCCGAGGCCGUUCGCCCCGCUCUCAUCCUCAUCCUCAAGAGGCUGGACCGCAUGUUCAACAAGAUCCACAAGAUGCCCACGCUCAGGAGACAAGUGGAGUGGGAGGCAGCCAGCAGCCUGAUCGAGGGGAUCUGCCUGACCCUGCAGCGACAGCCAAUCAUCUCUUUCCUCCCACACCUUCGCUCAUUGAUCAACGUCUGUGUUAACCUGGUAAUGGGUGUGGUUGGUCCCUCCAGCGUGGCCGACGGGCUACCUCUGCUCCACCUUAGCCCCUACCUCUCCCCUCCGCUUCCUUUCAGCACGGCAGUGGUCCGGCUGGUGGCCCUGCAGAUCCAGGCCUUGAAGGAUGACUUCCCCCUCAGUCAUGUGAUCUCACCUUUCACCAAUCAAGAGAGGCGAGAGGGGAUGCUGCUCAACCUGCUUAUUCCCUUUGUGCUGACUGUGGGCUCUGGAAGCAAAGACAGUCCCCAUCUUGAGCAGCCUGAGAUCUUCCUGCUCCUGCAGACUGUCAUUAAUAUCCUUCUGCCUCCUCGGAUCAUCUCCACCUCUCGAACCAAGAACUUCAUGCUGGACGCUUCUCCCGCUCACUGCUCCACCCCGGGUGACACUGGAAAGGAUCUGCGUAGAGAGGGAUUAGCUGAGUCCACCAGCCAGGCUGCAUAUCUGGCUCUAAAGGUGGUGUUGGUUUGCUUUGAGAGGUCCCUGGGAAACCAGUGGUACCGGCUGAGCCUGCAGGUGAAAGAGAUGGCUCUGAGGAAGGUGGGCGGCCUGGCCUUUUGGGACUUCAUUGACUUCAUUGUCCGAACGCGUAUCCCUAUUUUUGUCCUGCUGAGACCAUUCAUACAGUGCAAGUUGUUGACCCAGCCCGCUGAUUCCCAGGAGGAGAUUACGGCACGUCACCACAUCGCCGACCAGCUGGAGCGACGCUUCAUCCCACGACCUCUCUGCAAGAGCUCCCUGUUUGCAGAGUUCAACAAUGAACUCAAGAUCCUUAAGGAGGCUGUGCACAGUGGCUCUGCCUACCAAGGCAAGACGUCCAUCAGCACAGUGGGCACCUCCACAUCAGCCUAUCGCCUAAGUUUGGCCACGAUGUCGCGCUCCAACACGGGCACGGGCACAGUUUGGGAGCAGGAAAGCCAACCAUCACGCCAACCCUCCCAAGACACACUCAGCCGCACUGAUGAGGACGAUGAAGAGAAUGACUCCAUGAGUAUUCCCAGUGUGGUGAGCGAGCACGAGGCCUUCCUGCCCAGGGUGAUAUCACAACGCCGUUUCUCCAGCCACGCCACCGGCUCAGCGGCCUCGCAGCCCGAAGCCCCAUGCACCACCAUGCUGCCCAGUCACAGUGAACCCAAUGUGCUAGAUGAGUCCCAGGGCCUUCUACAGGAGGGUAACCUCUCUAGGGUUGCCAGUGUGCAGAGUGAACCAGGCCAGCAGAACCUCCUGAUACAACCUCCGUUAGGAAGAAAGCGUGGCCUCAGACAGCUGCGACGCCCUCUGCUGUCCAUUCCAAAGAAUGAACCUCGUGGUCGAUCUGGAGCACGGCUCUCCACCACCCGCAGGAGCAUCCAGCCCAAGAACAAACCACUGGCACAUGGAGACCAAAAGAGGUCAGUCACCUUUACAGAGAAUCAAGGCCAGCAGGCGGGGAUAAGCAAGCCCCCAACUCCCAGCGCUGUGGACCCUCCGGCCGAGGGCAGGAAGGCCAGUCCUGCUCCCUUAAAGUCCCCCACGCUGGAAGUGCCAUCUGCGUCCUCAGCCACAGUCACGGCCGAUCUGCACAGCCCUGCUGACACACACGUUCCUCCAGCCAUAAGCAGUAAGGAGAAGAGAGAGCAGUGGGGGCUCCGCAGCAGCCUCUCCCCUCCUCCAUCCAUCUCCCGCCCCUCCACCCCAACUCCCCCAUCCCGAACCUCCUCUCCUCUCCCCCCACCCCUCCCAGUGCUGGGCACAGCGCCUGCUCCGGGCCCCCCACCUCCACCUCCGCUGCCACCAACUGUGCUUCUUCCUCCACCUCCACCGGGACCACCCAGGAUCAGAGAGAGCCCCGGGGAUGAGGACACAGCCGCGCUCCUGCCAUGCAGCAACACCCUGCUGCAGCUGAGUGAGGACGACGGCACAGUCAACCCCCUCCUCACUCCGCUGCUGUCCCCUCCCUCGCCUCGCCAGGCACCACUGCCGCUCUCUCCCGUUGACCUGGACCUGGACGAGUCCCACGUGUGAGGGGUGAUAUUUCACUGCAAAAACACAAUCUAAAAGUAAAUUAGAUUUACUUUUAAAGUUUAAAAGGA